CAGACUGCUCGGGAACGCUCACCUAUAUCCCAAGUAAAUGCUGAUGGAAGGAACUGGAGAGAGAUAGACCCAGCUGCUGAUUCAGAGCCAGCUCCUCUUCCUUUCGCUGAGCCCACUGGACAACAACUUCCAGCAAUGUCAAGUCAGACUCCAGCAGAUUUCUUUCACCUGAUGUUCACUGAUGACCUACUUGACAUGAUUAUCGAAGAAACCAACAGAUAUGCACAGGCACGAAUUGAGACCUUAGAAGAAGAAGGGCAGUUAGGUCCCCGCAGCAGGUUCAACAAAUGGAGACCCCUGACAAGAAGCGAGCUGUGGGGCUUCCUAGCCAUAAUUCUCAAUAUGGGGAUCAUCCACCUACCCGACAUUGAGAGUUACUGGAAGACCUCAUGGGUGUGUCAGGUCCCU